UUUGGAUAGGAAAAAUAUGCAGGAAUUGAAUUAAAAUUCUGAUAUUCGCUUCAGCCUCCCUCCUCCCAUCUCAUUUUUGGUCUUUAACUCAGUUCUGCUCUCUCAAGUCUCAACACAAAAUUAUUGAAGAAGGAAAGGCGCUUUUGGUUUUUGGGUUACAGAGUUAGAGGCAUUGCUUCAUGUUUGCAAAGAGAGGCUCCUGAUUGUUUGAUAUCGGAUCCAAUCGAGUUUAAGAACAUGGCCUCCACAAUAUUUAGAAGCUUUCAGACCCACCCUUUUGUGUUCCAUCCCACCACAUUACUCAGAAGAAAGAAUGUUCUUUUCUACUGCACAAUGAGAAGUGCACAAACCACCCAGGCAGCUACCCAAGAAAAGGUUAAUCCCCCACAAGCGAAAGUUUCUAACUUGACCCAGAAUAAGACACUUGAGAAUGCCUUGAAGGACUACGAAGCAGUCAUAGGUAUCGAAACCCAUGUCCAGCUAUCUACUCUUACCAAGGCCUUUUGUAGUUGCCCCUAUAAUUAUGCAUCUCAACCAAACACUAGUAUUUGCCCCAUUUGUAUGGGUCUGCCUGGUGCUUUACCGAUUCUGAACUUUAAGGUCAUUGAGGCUGCUGUGAAAGUUGGACUUGCACUCAAUUGCAAAUUGGCACUGAACUCGAAGUUUGAUAGGAAACAGUACUUCUAUGCUGACCUUCCAAAGGGGUACCAAAUAUCCCAGUUUGAUGUUCCAAUUGCGACUGGUGGCUACAUUGAUUUGGAUAUUCCAGUAGAGUUUGGUGGUGGGCACAGAAAGUUUGGCGUUACAAGAGUUCACAUGGAAGAAGAUGCAGGGAAGUUAAUGCAUUCAGAUGAUGGAAUUAUCAAUGUUUGUUCUUUUCUGCAGGUUGAUCUAAAUAGAGCGGGUGUACCCUUGCUUGAGAUUGUUUCUGAACCUGAUAUGAGAAAUGGUAUUGAAGCUGCUGAAUAUGCUGCCGAAAUACAGAGGGUUGUUCGGUAUUUGGGAGUGAGUAAUGGCAAUAUGCAAGAAGGUUCACUUCGUUGUGAUGUCAAUGUUUCUGUCCGACCAAUUGGGCAAUCACAGUUUGGUACAAAGGUGGAGAUAAAAAAUUUGAAUUCUUUUUCAAACAUGAGCAGGGCAAUUGAUUAUGAAAUUUCGAGGCAGGUGCUUCUUCAUAGUCAGGGCCAAGACAAAGAAAUUGUACAGGAAACGCGGCUAUGGGAGGAAGGCACUCAGAAAACAGUUACAAUGAGGAAGAAAGAAGGACUAUCUGAUUACCGAUAUUUUCCUGAACCAGACCUUCCAGGAGUUUUUCUCACCCAAGAAUAUGUUGAUGGUAUACAUAACUCUUUGCCUGAACUUCCAGAAAUGAAGCGUCGAAGGUAUGAAAAGAUGGGCCUAAGCAUGCAGGACGUUCUUUUCCUUGCUAAUGACAUGAAUGUCGCAGAGUUUUUUGAUACUACGAUUACAACGGGUGCUGAUUCCAAGCUAGCUGCCAACUGGAUUAUGAGUGAUAUCGCUGCGUUUAUGAAAAAUGAAGAGUUGACCAUCACUGAGGUCAAGCUUUCCCCCCAAGAGUUGGCUGAGUUAAUAGCUUCCAUAAAAGAUGGGACUAUUAGUGGGAAGAUAGGGAAACAGAUAUUGUUUGAGCUACUAGCAAAAGGUGGUACUGUGAAGGGACUGAUAGAAGAAAAAGAUUUAGUUCAGAUUGUAGAUCCCGCUGAGAUUGAGAAAAUGGUAGAAAAGGUAUUAUCUGAGAAUCCAAAGCAGCUGGACCAAUAUCGUGGUGGAAAGACUAAGCUGCAAGGUUAUUUUGCUGGCCAGAUAAUGAAACUCUCGAAGGGAAAAGCAAAUCCGGGGAUUUUAAACAAGAUUCUAUUAGAGAAAUUAAAUGCCAAAAGCUGAUGUACAUGUUAUCUGCAAACAAUUUGUUUAAUUUACAUUUACACACAACUGCUGAUGAUGCUCCAGAUAUAUAAUCACCUUCAAGCUCCUAAUUUUGGAGUUCAUUUUCUUUCUCUAGAGACAUUUUCAGCAGACAGGCAUACCAUGUGAGAGACCGUCAGUUUUGGAAGACAACUUGGUAAUGUUCAUACUAUUGUUUUGGAAGACAACCAGGCAUUUGUCAUGAAGAUCAUCAGUGAUGCACAGUAAUCCAUUCAUCAAAAUAUCUAGAAUUCUAAGAUGAGACCAUCUACUCAUCGAAUCCAGCAGAACUGCUCUAAAAAUAAGUAUUCUAAACUGAAAACUAACGUGUACAUAUCUUAAUAAGAAAGUUCCUACUUCAGGGACAGAUUGGGAACAAAGUUGUACUUGAAAAUGCCACCACAGAGAAAAUAGUAAAUCGAGCUUUCUUCAAACUCUGUAAAAUCUGAGGCAGAUAAUGCUAUCGGAGAUUGUUUUUGACACCAAAUGAUAAAUCUGUUACCUAAAUCCUCCGCUUUCUCCCAUCUAGCGAAACCGUAGCCAUUUGGUCUAGUCAUGAAACUCACCUUAUAGACCUCAAAAUACAGUUCUAGAUCGGAAAAAUCAUCCGAGCUCCCUACGAAAACCGCUGUCACACGAAAAAUCUCACCCAAGGACUCCACUAAACAAGAGCAUUCCGCGAUGUAAUCAUCACGAGUCACAUAUUGAUUGCUCGGCCAGCGCUGUGCCAAAAUAUAUACAGUUGUUGUCCGACCAUGUUCAGAUUUGUCAUUUGUCAAAGUCCAAAACAUGAACUACAUCGUCGCCCAACACUGCAAAUAGUUUACCGUCUUGAUAUGCGAUCUCCCGAGAGCUAGGGUGCUGGUGAAGGAGCAAGCUACACCAUGCUUUGUCUUCAUGCUUAAAUGUUGUAAGCUUAUUAUUAUUCAUAGUGCGAAUCGUCAAGAGAAACUUACUUUGGCGAGAUGGCUCCGAGGAAAGGACAACGUUCAAUACAUGACUACUACAUAAGUUGGGAAAUUCACCAAGAGCUUGAAUAUCUGAGAAUUGAAUGCUUUCGCCCGAAACUGGAUUCAGAAGAUUGAUGAUUGAAUCCUUGUUCAUAAUUACCAGCCACCCAUGUGAUGAGCCUACACAACAGCCUUCAAAUAAUAUGUUCUUGAUGGUAUAAACCCUUUUCUCUUCGACACUUAAAAACCUGCAACUGUUGUCUUCUUGAUUCUUACCAAGCACGAGCCAUGGACAUUGAGGCAAUGGUUUGUAAUGAGGUGCGGCGAUGUAAGAGUUUGCAGCAUACUUCCAAGAAGAACAAACUGCUUUGAAGCGAAGGA